CAUCAAAAUAUUACUAAGUGUUAUAUCCAGUUCUACUGUUGCUUGUUGGUGAAUGAAGCAGGUGGGUUAUUUUUAGAUUUUAUGGAGGGUGCUAUAGAAAUACCGUGACAUGUUAAGAGGAAGAUGUCAGUGAAUUUGGCCAAGAAAUAUUUGCAUUUCUCGAGUACCAAGUCGUGACCUUUUUAGCCUCCCUCACCUUAUCUUUUAUGCAAAUUAACGAUCGUUGCCUGAGCUUCCCUUAUUUUUGCCUUUCUACCUGUCUUUCUAUUUCGCCUAGUGACAGAGCUUCUAGCACCCUAUUGAAAUUGUUCAUAUGUGCAUUUAGGUAUUUUCAGUAUUAGGGCUGUUUUCUGAGUAUGAGAGUUGUUUUCAAGUUGAGAUUGGGUGAGCUAGACAAUGGUCAACUUAGUGUUGUAACGUUUUGGAACUCAAGCUAAGCCUGAUCAAAUCUCAAGACUAACUUCCAGGAUUAAGCUUUGCUGUCUUAUUUUCAAGUAUAUUCUCUGUUGUUCCAAAUGGCUCGUUCAAGUGAUUUUUGAGAGUUGUAGACUCCCCAGACAGUGUACGUUCUGCUAAUUCUGUUGUUGGAUCUUGAUUUAACAACUGAGUUAUUUACUGACUUAGAUGUACUUUUUCCAUUAAAUUAAUAUUGAUAUUGAACAAACAUAUAUUUAAAAAAAGAAAGACUGAGUCAUAUCUAUCUAUGCAUUUAUCUAUCAAACUUAAUCAAGUCAAAAAUGAGCAGGGUGAACAAAUCUGAAGCUUGGCCUGUAACUAUUUUGAGUUCAGUUCUCAGACUUUUCAGAUUGGCUCAUAUGCUUAUGAAUGGCUUGCUUAGUUGACAGCUCUACCUUGUCCUUUUGAUAAAAGUACUUUAUCAUCAAAAUCUAAUCUAUUCUUUACCGUGUUGUGAUGGGUAAAACUGUCUCACUUCUCAGCUCCUUUCAGAUUUAUCUUUAGGUAAUCAUUAUAUUUGCCAUUUAUCCAGUUUUUUUUUUUUACUUCUUUCUUUGAAGUUGAUUACUUGUAAUGAAGGAGAGUUUUCCUAUUUCAUGCAAAUUUUGUCAUCUUCACUGAACUCCUUUUUUGUGAUAAAAUUUGCCUAAAUGUGUGACCAUGCUUUGCAGCUUCUAGCUUAUAACUCUUUGUAACAUAAUGUACUUUUAUAAGGGAAGAAUUAUUAAGACUGCAUUGUGCUUAUGUCUUCUCAACUUGAAAACAAGAGAUUUGCUUUUUCAAGAUUCAAGUGAAAAUGAAAACCACAUGGAGGACAUACCAAAUGAUGUGCUUCAGCUUAUAAACGCCCACCAGUUGAGUCCUUUCAAUGCAAAAGUUGCGAGGUAUGCUGCUGCAUCAAAAGAAGAAUGGGAAGAACAAUGCAAACUUUGGCCAACAUCCUACCAUCCAUCAACCAACAGUGCUGAUGGCGUCACUGGGUUUAAUGAAGAGGAAUCACAAUAUGUCUUCAAAUGCAUGAAAGUUGCGUUCGACUUAGCAAAAACACACUACCAUGGUGAUAAGGUUGUAAAUGCUGCUGUGAUAGUUGAUCCUUCAUGUAGGCAUAUUAUCGCAAGUGCUUGUGACCAAACAUGCCCAAGGUCUACAUUGACAAAUGAAACUGGCUCAAAACUUGUCAGUUGCAUUGAACGGGAGGCAAAUACCACCUCCACUCAAUCUGAUGCAGAUGGACUGGCAAGCAGUAAAGAACGGUUAUUUCCAAAUUUCUCACCUGAUAAAUGCAGUGACCUGUACUUUGGCGUUUCUUGUCUAAACCCUUGGGGAUGGGCAGAACAAAGACCACACCAUCAACACUCUGAACAUCAGUGUGGAAACAACUAUCCCUGGCAUCCUUUGAGGCAUGCUGCUCUUAUUGCUAUUGAAAAAGCUGCUGAAAGGGAUAGGCAGCUAUUCCCCAGCAUAGGAUCUUCAAAGAAUCUGUCUAUUCUGGAUCAUGAUUUAAAGUUUGCUUCUGAUAGCAGUUUGGCAAAGCGACAGAAGACCCAGGUUUUGAAAAACGAGCACAGCUUAGUCAACAAAGAUGGUACCAAUUCUUUGUCUUCUGAAACAACGCGACCUUAUCUAUGCACUGGUUUUGAUAUCUACCUCGUAUGGGAGCCAUGUGCAAUGUGUGCAAUGGCACUUGUCCAUCAAAGAAUUCAGCGCAUUUUCUACGCCUUGCCAAAUCCAAAUGCUGGUGCACUGGGUAGUGUCUACAGACUUCAAGGAGAGAAAAGCUUGAACCAUCAUUACUCUGUAUUUAGGAUUUUGAUACCUGAAAAAGCCCUUUACCAGGUAGAAUCAAAUGGUUCAGAUGACUGUCCAUUACAAAAUUGAUGACUGGUAAAUCUUUUUUUAGAGAAAGGAGGGAAGAGCUAUCUAAAGAAAAUUAUCAGGUCCAAAUACUUGGGAAUACACCAACUUUGACACACAGCCUCCUCCAAGGAGAGGUAUGUGAACAUUAAGGCACAUCUCCAGUUCACAGUUUCUGACAAAUCAUUGGAACCUUUGUAUUCUUUUCAGGUGUUAUGGUCACCAUUAAUAUGCAAGCAAUUAUAUAUUUCCCAUCUUUAUCUAGACAGUUUCUCCAGGGAUGACAAGUCGAUAUAUUAUAAUUGAAUAGCUUCAGCAUUUAAUA